AUGUAUACGGAUCUUCAAAAUGCCUGCAUUGUCUCGCCACUUUCUACACUUAGCUCUGAUUCCUUUCGUGAAGCGGUAGACCUCACAACUUCAUCCAGUGGUCAUCGACCGCCUUCUUUGCCUCUCCCACAGCUGUCCAGGCCUGAGGUGGGAACUAGCCUGGUGUCCAGCCCCACAAGUGGGAUGUUUCAGUUGAAUGCCUCCCCAUUUCAACCAAAAUACCCGCACAACCUUUAUAUGAGUCUUGAGACUCGUCCCAGGAUGGAACCACCUUAUACGGACGAUGGAUUCCCCGGAAUUCAACAGGCGCUGAUGAUGGCACUGGAAGCAGAAAGUGCCUUUCCAAUGAAUAGACGUCUGUGGCAUUCCCUCGACACCAUGAUGACAAUGAAUCGUGGUGGACCAUACUAUGCGUCCCCACAGAAGCGCUCUUUCCGUUCCUUAAAACGCAAUCGUCGAGGAGAUACUUCCUCCCACACACCUUCCCUCCAACCGUUGCCAAUUACACCACCCUUCCUUUUCUCAGGUCCACCGCCACCCCAACCACCACCACCGCCUGAACAAUCUCCUGUGUCUCAGGUGUCUGUGACCCCUAAUUCUGGACCACUAAAUCUUGCCCAGCAAUUCUUUAAUUCUGUCGUUAUCGACUCGAAUCCCAAAACAACUCAAACUGGAGAGGUUUCUGUGGUAGAAGAAUUGGUGUCGUGUAGGCUGUGCUGCAAACAAUUCACGACUAAACAUGGACUGAUUGUUCACAUACGAAGCAAGAUGUCAUCUUGCACUGUCCGUGCCUCUUGCCUUAGGUCCCACAAAGAACGGAAUACAUUGGACUACGGCGCGUCGCGUCCCCAAGGCUCACAAGUAAAUGAUGCAUGCGAGCUCGCGCCCAGCGCAGGUGCCAAAGAGGGCGCCGUAAAGCUGGGCGAGAGGUCGUUUCAUUGUAACCACUGUGGAAAGGCUUUCAAGCGAUCGUCGACACUGAGCACGCAUCUCCUCAUUCACAGCGGAACGCGACCCUAUCCUUGCCAAUAUUGCGGCAAACGCUUCCACCAGAAGUCGGAUAUGAAGAAACACACGUACAUUCACACAGGUGAGAAGCCCUACAAAUGCAACCUGUGCGGCAAAGAAUUCAGUCAAUCCUCCAACCUCAUCACCCAUUCCCGCAAACACACCGGCUUUAAGCCAUUCGCAUGCACCUUCUGUUCUCGCGCCUUUCAACGGAAGGUCGACCUGCGCCGCCAUUUGGACACGCAACAUAAUGAGCACAAUCCCAUCCUCGCCAACGCUCCUGCCGUUGUCAUAGUCAAAAAUUCACCGAAAGAAGCGCCCUCCACGCGCUCUAGCAUUGAAUCGGUCUCACCUACCGAAUUCAGUACUGCUCAACGUGCAUCCACUGUGGAAUUGUCCAAGUCGUCUACUCCCCCGCACUCUGGCAAUGCAUCUCAAUUUGCUUACUCCAUAGAGCGCAUCCUCUCGUGCUAG